AAUGACAUGUCUUUGCUAUUUAUUAUCAACAUUGCAAAAAAUGACUUACUACUUUAGUUUAAAAACAUUAUUAUAAUGAAAUAAGAUCAGCUAUAAAAGCUUCGACCUGUAAAACAUUUCAAUUGCAAUUUCUAAGUGAGAGGCGAAUAAAACCUUAAAAUUAAAAUGUUACUUCGAAGUUUUAUCUUAUUCAGCUUGAGUUACAUUUCAGUGAUCAGCUGUCAACAAGUUAAAAUAACCAGCGCUCAGUUGAAUUAUUUGAAUUUGGAUUACAUAAAUAUAAACACAUAUUCGGCUGACCUCAAAAAAGUAAAUAGUACCUAUACUGCUCUACCUCUUCACUGGGGUGUGAUUAAAGAUUUUCCAAAAAAUACUCUGUUGAUUACCGAAGUUAUCCGUUAUAAAGAUUCUUCUUUAAAAGAAGAGCGAGGACGACAAAGUUUUGUUGUAAAAAUAUGUGAUAAAAAUGAUCCGUAUCGCGUAGCUCUACCUCCGUUUUUAUUGAAAUUGACAGAGGAAGGCAACUGCGUAAAGAAGGGAGAAUAUGAGUUUUCGGAUGCAGGUCAGUUCCAAUUUUAUAAAAUAUUACCUGAAGAAGUAAUCACUGGUUAUUAUUUUGACACCGUAAACUGGAUAAAAACGGAUGAUACCUUGAUAAAAAAACUACACAUAUCAUCCAAAUCAAAUAAAUAAAUCUAAAUAACAUUUGAGUAAUAA